CUUACACCUCGCUCUUGCUGACAGACUCUCUGCGAGUAAGGGCUUUAUUUGACGGCAAAAGUCAACGCCUCGACCCGUCGAUUUAUUCCUCACACGUUUCAUUUUGGAAACACCUUAAAAGGUCUCCAGAGCAGUGAAGGACGUCAGAAAUGCUCUAAAAAACCAGGUACCUCAACUCUUGUCAACCUGAGCCGGUUCAUGUGUGACUUCACCGUCCAUCCAUCCAGGUUGUCAGCGCUGAUCCUGGGACAGUUUAUCCCCUUCUACUCGGUUCCAGUUAAUGUGGAGAGAAAUAUUUACUUGGAAAAAGGCUUUUAAGUUUAAGGAAAAGAACUGAAAACUCGACUGCAGACAGGAAAACUACUAAAGUUGUCGGCGAUGGAGCUCAGACUGAUGCAGAUUCUGAGAGCAGUCCUCAUCUUAUUCUUCUAUGUCACCACCGUUUCAGGUGGUGACCGGGACUUGGAGUUUUGUGGCACUUGGCGCCAUGGACUGGAUCCCCUGACCCUGAAUAUUGACCUUACCACAGGUUGUGACAAGAUCAAAAUCUCAGCUAAUAAGACCUCAUUGUCUGUUGCUGGGAAGAUUACAACCCAGUGUGUGCGUUUCGACACAAUCCGACUCAACCAUCUCCAAGAACCAAAGAUUGAGAGUAAAUUCUGUCUUCAUUGGAAGCCCCUGUUGGACCAGUUGUGGCUGGAGAUCGAAGGGGAGCAGCUUCCUCUGUGCUGGCCCACUAGUCUAGAGGACUACUGUUGCACACAGCUGUCUGAUGGUACAAGGGCGCCUGAAGAUGUUUAUGGGAUAUUGGACGCUUCUAUCCGUGGUGAUCCCACCACCAAAGACACUCUUACAGCCUAUGAAUUCAAUGGAACGUUCCUCAACUGCAGGAAGGAAUACUGUGAUAAAGAGAACUACGGAUCCACCCAUGGCAACCAGGUUGGAAAAAAUGUGGCAAGGCACCAGGAUGAAGGGAAUGCUGGGAAUCCCUGUGCUCGAAGCACCGUCGUGGACAUGAAGGAUGAUGUGAAAGGCUACGAGGUCACUUUGAAUGCUCCUGAUGAUGUACUGCCAGAGUCCGUCCCCUCUAUCUAUCUGCCUCCAACACUAAAGCAAGCAGCAAAAAAUACUACCCAAGUAGUCUGCACUUACUUCAAAAACAACUCCCUGUUCCAGGAUUAUCAAAAGAACGGCAAAAUUCUGGAUGAUGUGGUCGGUAUAACUAUGGAGAAUGAGGUCAUUGCUGACUUGUCUGAGCCCAUCAGAAUUGGUUUCCACCAUGAACCUAAAAGUCACUCAAGGAAAUGUGUUUCAUGGGACACUAAAAAAGAUCCGCUGAAGGUGAACUGGUUGGUGGAUGGAUGCGAGACACGAAUGAAAGGACCAAAACAAACCGAGUGUCUGUGUAACCAUCUGACCUACUUCACUGUCCUGGUGGAACUAGAUCAAGGGCCUCGACCAGUGCGCCACCUUCUGGCGUUGACUGCCAUUACAUAUCUGGGUUGUGCUGUGUCUCUGCUCAGCUGCAUCGUUCUUAUAGUUUAUCUCUGCAGAAAGAGUAAGCGUUUUAAGGAAAUGUCCACACCCAUCCACCUUGGCUUAGCAGUGUCCCUCGCUAUCCUCUAUGCGCUGUUCUUCUUCACGGGGGUCUUGGCCAAUGUGGGAGGGGAGAAAGUGUGCAUCUGGGUGGGGGCAGGCCUCCACUAUGCCCUGCUUAGCUCCUUAAUAUGGAUGGGCAUAGAGGUUUUCCACACCUUCUGGUUGGUCCACGUGAUUUUUAGCCCCUCGCCACAGCCCUGGAUCUGGCUCGUCAUUGGCUUUGUUCUGCCUGCUUUUCCGGUCACAGUCCUGGUUUCAGUGGGUGAUAUUUAUGGUGAGAAAAUGUUGGUGCCAAGUGAGGAUAUUGCCAAUCCAUAUCGGAUGUGUGGGAUGAAAUAUAACAAUAAGGCCCUGCUCGCUCACUACUGCACCACCGUGAUGGUCGUGGCCAUCCUGUUCCUCUCGGGUCUGGUGAUGCUUUUCCUGGUCUACAGACAAAUCCGCACCAGGGAUGAGUGGAAACAGAAAAAAGUGGCAUUCCUCAGUAUCUGGGGUCUCAGCUGCCUCUUUGGGACAAUGUGGGGUCUCGCCUUUGCGAUCAUUGGACCAUUCACAGACUUCAUUCGCUUCGUGUCCGUUAUUCUCACCUCUUUUCAAGGUUUCCUCCUGAUGCUGCGGUUCUACUUACUGGACUGGAUGAGGAGGAAGACUGGGGGCUCUGGUCUUGGCAGCAGCAGCUCUGGGUCAACCAGACAACACAUGCUUCAGGCCCAGGAGAAGAGCUAGACGGACUCAAACACAUGCAGUGGGUCGAAGCUGCAGCGGCUGAGGGUUUCAUCUAAUUCCACUGAGUGUCCCAUCACAGACUAAGACGCUUUAGAGAGAAUUUCUAUUUGACAUAAAUUUGUUCUGCUGGGUGAGAAGAUUAAAAAUUCACAGUAAGUCAGCCACUGACCAACUGAGAUGGUUAGAAAAGCACACUGUACAGUUUAUAGACAUGUUCCAGCUGGAUCUGUCAAACUGACUUAACAGUUUUUAUCUCGCGGCCACUCAGAUCUGCAGAAGUCAGAUGUAUGUGAGCACAGAGUUGACUGAAAUUGCAGCUCAGCACUUCUCCUGUGGGAUAGAUUAGCACAGUUAGCAUGUAAAAGUACCCACUAUUUAAUGUAAUGUUCAGUGAUUUAUUUCCUGAAGUUACUGAUGGCACUCACAGUUAAAGGCAUAUGGAGAAACUUUAGUUAAUAUAAUCAACACCUAGCUGGAUUUCACUGAUUUUGGUGUUUUAAACCCAGCCAUGUUUGUAGUUUAUACAGGACACUUGAUUAAUAUAUUGAUCUUCACUUGGACAGUGGAGAAAAAAAUCACUCAGGAACUCUUCGUGCAGGCCUGGAGCUUGUGUUUUGUAGAAAACCUUGGCUGUGUCUUGUUAUACAGAGAAGGGAAACAUUUUAACUUGAGAUUUUUGAACUGUAAAAUGGGAAUGAGGUCAAGUUAAAUUUGAGAUGAAAAAAAAAAAAGAAAAACAGAUAUGAUAAAUGACUGGCUUUGUAUUAUUACUGUAAAGAAAAUAUUAUUAUUAUUGUUGAAGCUAUCACUUUUGUACCUUAGAUAAGCUUGUUUUUGUACUUUUGUAGAUAUUUUUAAGUCUUUUACUUUUAAAGUAGCACUUUAGAUUUUCAGUCUUUUUAAACGUACACAGAGGAAACUUAAUGAUGGGCAAGGUUAUAACACUUUGCAAGCUUCAGAU